CGGAGCUAAAUAUGACUUUAGUCGAGAUCGUGAACGACGAGCUGGUGUUGAUGAUAUGGUUUUCAUGUCAAAAAAUACUGACUCCGAAAUAAGCCAUAAUCUCAAAAUUCGUUUUGAUGUCAAUUAUAUUUAUACAUAUAUUGGACCUGUUCUAAUUGCUGUAAAUCCAUAUAAAGAUGUUGAAUAUUGUCGUGAAAGUCAUAUGGAAAAAUAUCGAGGAGCUACUCAAAUGGAUAAUGCUCCACAUAUAUUUGCUAUAGCUGAAGAUAUGUUUAGUAAUAUGUUAAUUGAUUCCGAAAAACAAUGUGUUAUUAUAAGUGGUGAAUCAGGUGCAGGGAAAACAGUUAGUGCAAAAUUUAUUAUGGCUUAUAUUGCUGAAGUAUCGGGUGGUGGCCCGAACGUGAAGCGUAUAAAGGAUGUUAUUUUACAGUCCAAUCCAUUAUUAGAGGCAUUUGGUAAUGCAAAAACAAUUCGUAA